CUUCAGAGCCUAGAUGUUUCAAUACUUUAGAGGCUUUACAAUUCGUCACUAACAUAGCUUUUUUAGAAGCCAAUCGAUAUAAGAAUCAGAAAAUUACCACAAAAGAAACCACACUUUUAUAAAAAUCCUUUUAAAACAUCUCUAACUCCUCCGAAAACCGAAGGUAUUUCUGAGAAGGAGGAGGAGAACAAGAAAGAAGACUUAAUCUUGCCUACUAAUAACCCUUCUUCUGACAUCUGACACAUUUGACUAUCUGACAUAACUCUGGAAAGAACCUUGGCAUGCUCCCACAAAUUCUGUAAAGAGUGCAUCAAGACUCAUUUCACCUUUCAAGUGAGGUCUGGCAAAGCUGAUUUGACUUGUCCGAGCUGAAUAAAGGUGGUGGAUCCUAAUUCGGUCACAGACCUGGUAGCCUCGAAGGAGCAGAGACAGAGAGAAUACCUUGUUGAAAAGAAAAGGGUUAUGAACGAUCCUCAUUUAUAUUAUUGACCAAAGCCUGGAUGCUGGAGAUAUAUCAGAAGCGAGUGAAAAAUCAGAGGUAAAAAGAACAAAGCUCAAUGAGAGUGAGGCCACAUCUUCUGAACAGGAUGAGCAGAGCCAUGGCAUGAAGAGCAAGCAUGAGAAGAUGUCAGAGACAAAGGAUUAGUUGAAUUUCAAAGAAACAACAAUGUCACUUAUUGUCCACAUUGAAAAUCUAUCAUCGAAAGGAUAGAAGGUUGACCUCAUAUGCAUUGUGCAACUUGAGGCAGGACUUUCAACCUGAACUUCCUAACCAAAUACUUGAAGUAUUCUCCAGCAAGAGGUUCUGCACAAGAAAGCCAAUGUCCUCCUGAAUUACGAUGCAUGUGGCAAGUUGUUUAUCUAUCACUACUUCCGUUUUUCCUAUUUAUUAUACUAUUUGACAAUGCAAGAAAAAGCUUUGAAAAUGGACAAAAUAAAUGGGGAUGGUUAUGGAUAGUCUGAGGGAUACUUUCGAUGACCUUUCCAAUAAUUUAUCUCCCAUUUUUUAUUAUCAUUGUGCUGAUAGAAGCUAUAGCAUUCCCUAUUUACUUCCUGAUUGUUCUGUGAGUGGUGAAUCAAAAUUAAG